GCCAGCGGCGAGGGCGUGCGGCCAUGGCUUACUCCACGGUGCAGAGGGUCGCCCUGGCCUCGGGGCUCGUUCUGGCGGUGUCGCUGCUGCUGCCCAAGGCCCUCCUGUGGCGCGGAAAGCGGCCGGAGCCGCCCCCGGCUCCUGAAGGAAAGUUGGGCCGAUUCCCACCUCUGAUGCAUCAUCACCAGGCACCCUUGGAUGGCCAGACCCCUGGGGCUCGUUUCCAGAGGUCUCACCUUUCGGAGGCCUUCACAAAGGCCAAGGCAGCAGGGGGAGGAGUUGGAGGAGGAGGCAGUGGAAGAGGCCUGAUGGGGCAGAUUAUUCCAAUCUAUGGUUUCGGGAUAUUUUUAUAUAUAUUGUACAUUCUAUUUAAGCUCUCAAAGGGGAAAGCUGCAGAGGCUCGGAGCUGCUCUAUCGCCUCGCCUGGAAAUGCCCACAGGAAAAUUACCAAUUUUGAGCUUGUUCAACUGCAAGAAAAACUGAAAGAGACAGAGGAAGCCAUGGAAAGAUUAAUCAACAGAGUGGGGCCUAAUGGUGAGAGCAGAGCACACACCGUGACUUCUGACCAAGAAAAACGGUUACUGCAUCAGCUCCGAGAAAUCACAAGGGUUAUGAAAGAAGGAAAAUUCAUUGACAGACCCACUCCAGAGAAAGAAGCUGAGGAGGCCCCUUACAUGGAGGACUGGGAAGGUUACCCUGAAGAGACUUACCCAGUUUACGACAUUUCAGAUUGCAUAAGGCAUAGGCACGAAAGCAUCCUGGUGGAUUGCCCUGACCAGAGAAAACCCUCUGCUGAAGAGCUAGCUGAGCAAAUGGGAGCGCUCACGGCAGACGCAGACCCUUUGGGUUGGGAGCUGCCCACUGACCCCACUGCUCAGGAGGAUCCUUCUGUUCCCUCUUCUGACUCACAGCCAGAAACAUGUUCCUGCUGUUUUCAUGAAGAAGAGGAUCCUGCUGUUUUGGCAGAGAAUGCUGUAUUUGGUACAGACAGUUCGAGUGAGCAGGAGGAAACCACCAAGGAAGUUCGGCCUCAAGACUGCAGAGAUGAAGGCUUGUGUGCCAGCACCAAGACAGCAGAUAGAGGUGAUAUGUUGAGGAAGCGGAACCCUCAGGGUUUAGAAUGAAAACAGCCAGUUUGGUGAAAUCCAUUCCUCUGGUCCCGGGGUGACCUUUCUUUUCUCUCUGAUUUCAUCCUUGGCCAUGUGCCCUGUACCUCACCCCUGUGUUCACAUAUCAUAGCCAGUUACCGCCACAGAUAUCAUGUCUCUUACACACCUGUCAUCUUGUAAAACAUCGUAGAGAUCAGCAUGCACAAGACAGCUUCAGUCUUCUCUGUCUUUCCUCCUCAGAGUUGAUCCACCAGGGAAUUAUGUUUGAUCUGCUAUGAUUACAGGUGGGAGGUGGGGGCAGAGGUCUGGCUCUGCAUUCUAGGAGUAGCAGAUGGCUUACCUGUGAACAAACAUCAGCUUACACAUGAUGGGGACUUAACGGUUGCAGGAAUGAAGAUUUCAAUUUCAAGAUGCCUUAUUCUGUGGGCCCUGAGCAGGUUAGUUGUCCCUGGGCUUGGGAAAACAUUUUUGUGGGGACAGUGGGACCAGACGUUAAGACUACUGUUUGAGCUGAAGCCCCUUCCCUCACAGUGAGGGCCUUGUUUUUGCUUUAAAAGAAAGCUGAGAUGGCAUCAGAAACCAUUGCUCCAGAAUAGCACUUCCCACUGACCUGAGAAUGAACACAGAGGCCUGUUGGGGCACUGUUUGGCUCAUAUAUUGCCUGGGUCUCUAGCUUCUCUCUGCUCUGCUCAACUGAACUGCUAAAUCCAGAAGCACCACUGUACCUCUUGACCUUCAGCAGCCAGAGGAAGUUUAGGUAAACUUUAGUUCUUGCCCUGCAAAGGUUUGAUGUUGAGGCUGCAGGAAAGCCUGCCCUGGGUAGUGGUCCUGCCAUGAGAUGCUCAAAAGGUGACAGGGGAGAGAACUGUGUACUGAUGGACUGUACUUACCUGUAUGUCAUGCCUGGGAUGUUCUUACGACCACAUGUACUGUGUGCCAGCCCAGCAGGGAAGUGGCAGAGUUCCAAUGUGGCUGUGCCAGAGGGGGAGACCAUUUGUUUUGGUAUUUGGAUAUCUGGUUCAUUUGGUAGCGCUGGAAAAAAGUAAGAAUUAGAUUAGAACUGGAGGGAUUCUGGCCAAACUAAAGGCCUAGUUUCUACGCUGCUAGGUCUCUUCUUGAGAUAAGAUGGCAGCUCUGGGCCUAAGAAGGAUGAGUGGAUUCAGUUUACCUGUAAGACCUGAGUUUAAAAUGAGUACACUCCUAAGAACAGUCCCAGUAAUAAAAUGUGGAAAGCUUGAAAAUUAUGUAAAGGCAUAUGUGGCUUUUAGAGUUCCAUCAUGCCCUGCACAAUUGGUAUGAAUGAGAUGUCUGGAAAAUAGUUUUAAUUGCAUAUAUAAGCUUACCAACUGCUGCUAGGUGUGGAAUCAUAGGAAGAUAAUGCCAUAUACUAGGCAUUCUUGUUAAGUCACUGAAAAGUGAGUCUAUAGAAAAUAUUUUUGCAUCUGUCUCCAUGUGGAACAUUUGAUUCACUUAUAAAGAAUGUAGUUUAAAAUGUACUGAAAGCAAUGUACAUAUAAUGUUAAAGGUAAACAAAAAUGUAGGUGCUCUUUACUGUUAUGAUAAAUUAUUUUCUCAUUUUUUUUUUUCAUUCAUGAUAGGUAUAUUUAUGAGGAGAAUCCUGGCUCAAAUUUCUUUUUGGCUUAAGGAUAGGAUUUCUUGAUUAGAGAUUACAUGUUAGAUUCCUUUUAGCCUAUUCAGUGAUUUAGUACACAUUACUCAGAAAGGCAUUGGAAAAAGGAGGCUCAAUUCCCAUCUUUAAAAAGAUGCAGUUUCAUGUAGGAGCCUCAUCCAUUACUUUUACAUGAACUAUGAAUGGGUUCAAGAUUGUGAAUUUUGCAGGCAGAGAGAUGUUGCUUGAUUCCACCCAGCCUAUGCUAUCUGUAGAAGCUUGAGACAGCUCCUUAACUUUGAGCCUUUAUUUUUCUCAUAUUUAAAGUGGGGAGUAAGUCUAGCUCUUAUGGACUGGUUAUGAGGAUGAAUGAAAUAAUCAGUGCCUAUAAAGUAGCACUGGUCCUGUAAUAAAUGAUAACUAUUUAAGUGGUAGUUAAUGUUUUUGCCAAUUACAGCAUAAAUUAUCUCCUGUAUAUCUAGAUCCAUAUAGCAAAGUAUUUCCAAGAAACUUUACAGAGGAGAUGCACAAGGAUGAGAAAGGACAUUUUUGACAGAAAGUCGUGCUGUAGAAAGCGUAUUCAGGUAUUUUAAUGAGUCUGGUAUGUAAGAUAUCACAUAACUAUUCUGACAUGUUGUUCUUUGGGGAAAACUGUCUAAUAGAAAUGGCUCUGCUUGGCUAAUGUAUAUCAGGAAUAUAUUUAUAUAUUUAAAUUUCAGAAAUUUUGUUGUUCUUUUCAAUCAUUUCAAAUUGGAUGCCCCCCCCCCCCCAAAAAAAAAGGGUCUGGUAUUCGUAUUUUUGCCUGCUGCCUCUUUCCUCAUGGUCUUCAUUUCUCUGAACUGGUCUACAAUUUGAUCAGUACCCUGGGAAUAGCUAUA